AUGGAUUUCGAGGUCAUUGAGAGACUCCAAAGUAUCUCACUCACUGAGACAGAGGGCAAGGCGAUUGGUUUGAAUCCCAGUCGUAGAACACAGACACUGGACGACUACUCUCUCAGCUUUGUUGGUCGCUUUCUUACAACGAGAGACGUCAACCAUAGGGCUGCGAAGAACCUGCUGUGCUCCGCAUGGAAACUCGGUAACGAUCUCCAGAUUGUUGAUGUUGGUGAGGCAUUAUACUUAUUCCGCUUUAAACUUGAAAGCCAACUCCAGUGUGUGCAGGAUAGUGGCCCUUGGAGUUUCGAUAAUCACCUUCUGGUGACGCGGAGAUGGGAAAUCGGUAUGGCAGCGCACAACAUUGUUUUUACGCAUGUCCCAUUAUGGGUCCAAGUUUGGGGUUUACCCUUCGAUCUCAUGACAGAAGAAACUGCUAGGGACAUUGGGUCAAAACUUGGGACUGUGCUUAUGGUAGAUAGCAAGCCGUUUGAGUCUGAUCAAGCAAGGUUCCUAUGCAUCCGUAUCAGCAUUCCCCUCAAACCAACCGCUCCGGCGGGGAAGUCCAGUCACUAA